AUGUCCACCUGUGGGGAGCAGGUAAUCAAUGCAAGAAGGCACAGAAAAAAAGGAGUAGAGGAAGGUUUGAGGAUUUUCUGCAGAAAAGAAAACUCAAACUCAUGUUUUGACUUGAAAGCCACAAAACUCAGUUUGGAGGAGUCUCAAAAAGAAGCUAAGAACCAAAACAACUGCUUUGGAUGUCAGAAAAGACAUGAAAGGUACGAGCACAUUCUGCUGGCUCCAGACCCAGUACCAAUGUAUGCUCUGAAACUGCUGGUGGCCCUGACUGAACACAGCCCUGCUUCUGUGAGCCUUGUAGAAGAAAUCCAUCUUUUUCCAGUUCUUUUCCGAGUCAUUUUGGAGCACCAAGACAGUAUACUUGGGAACACAAUGCAAACUGUAAUCGCCUUACUGAAUAACAUAGUUACUAACAAAAACACGAACAUGAUGUUACUCUUUAAAGAAGGACUGGCUCAUCACGUCUGUGAUCUCCUAAUAGAAACUGUGACUCUGUACUUGGAGACAGAUGAUAAAAGCAGCACCGAGACAGCAAAUGCACUGCUUCUGUCCUUGCUUGACAUUUUGCACUGCAUGCUGAUGUACACAGCAAACAUCGUACGCCAGACUUUGCAGGCACAGAAAUCUGGCACAGGAGGGGACACGCAGGCUGCUGAGGACCUUCUGCUUAUCAAUAAACCCCUGACGGACCUAAUUAGCCUGCUCAUUCAACUGCUUCCCAGUGAAGAUACUGAAAUAUAUGAGAGUGCCUCGCAGUGCUUAUCGUUGCUGGUCCAGCUGUAUGGAGGGAACAGUCAGGAGAGCAUGUCUCCAGAAAACAUGGACAGCUUUGCUGAAGUGCUGAACUCCAAAAAAGAUACACGACAACUGAAGCUGCUGUUGAGAAUUGUAAAGAGACUG